AUGUCCCCGGCCGCGGGCUUCCACGCGCAGCUGGCCUCCAUCAUGGAGGUGCUGGCCAACACGGCGGUGGCGGAGAUCUGUGAGCUCGUGGACAGCGGCUACUCCGGGGGGCCGCCGGGGGCCGGGAGCCGCAAAGAGAACGAGGUGCUGCGGAGGAAACUGCGGCUCAUGGAGCUGCGAACUGCCCGCGCUAACGCGUUGCGAGUCGCGGCCACUGCAAGCAGCACCGCGUCGCCGCACGCGAGCGGCCGAGCUCAUCACCAGGGCAACGAGCCGAGGAGGAUCCGAAGACCCCAAGAUCAUCCAGGUGAGGUGGUGCUGUCCAGUGUGUGUCCCCAAGCGCCGCCCUCCGACUCUGGACAGGAGCCCACACAGGUGACGGCUGCUGCGGGUGAGUCGGCCAACCUGGUGACCGAGGUGAUCAAAGUGGAGGAUGAUGACGAGUCACCUGACCAGGACAAUGGUUUUUGUUGCGUUGUUGAUGAAGAGAUGACAGAGACAGAAGCUCCGGCCCCACUGACCAAUCAGCAGGCACCAGACGAAGGUGGCGGUUCGUCUCGGUCCUGGAUGAGCAGUGAAGUCAGCUCCACCUCCAUGUCUGUCCAGAAAUCCCUGGCCACCAGCCAGAGGCCAGAAACCAGCAGUUACGACUGCCUGGUGUACGAGGUGCAGCUGCAGCAUGGCUCCCACUCUACCCAGAAUCCUCCGAGUGAGGAUCCCAGCUGCUCGUACGUGUUGAGCAACAGUGCAAGUGUUUCAGCGGAUUCAGGCAGCAGCAGCUUCCGUUUCGCUGUGGGUGACGUGCGUCUGUCUGUGGCAGAGUGCCAGCAGAGGGCGCCGGUACCUGCAGGACAGCCUCAGCUUCCUGGCAGGAAGGAGGCCACAGACAGACCGGGCACCGUCUCCAGAAGGGGCGGGUGGAGACAUCAGGAUGGGGUCAGCAGAGAGGACAGUGGGGGGAAGUCGUUUGUCUGUAACUGCUGCGGUAAAACUCUGGCCUGCCUGAAGAAUCUGAAGACGCAUAUGAGGGUCCACACAGGAGAGAAGCCGUUCAUCUGCGCACUAUGUGGCAAACGCUUCUCCGACUCCAGCAACCUGAAACGCCACCAGAGUGUCCACACUGGAGAGAAACGUUAUGGCUGCGUCCACUGCGGCAAACGCUUCGCCCAGUCAGGGUCCCUGAAGGUCCACAUGACUGUCCACACAGACUGCAAGCAGUUCAGGUGCUCGUACUGCGGCAAGACGUUCAUCUCAGGCAGCCACCUGCGAAGACACAUCACCGUACACGGUGGAGAGAAACGAUUCGUUGCCACCGAGUCACAGCAGUGACAGAGGUCAGGGGUCACAUGCUGCACAGUGAGCAGAGCCAGGAGGAGCGGACUACAGAACACAGCACCACAGCCGUGCGGGUCCUCCUGCCUGUCAAACCUGUUCUGCUAUUUGGGUCAGAGGUUAAAUCAUGAAGUCUAAUAGAAAAACCAACAGUGUUCACAGCUGUUCAAACUAUAACAUGGGAUAAAUGAAGGCGAUAGAGUCACUGGGGUUUUAAUCCUGAUGCUGCCCUCGGCUCUGACGGUGUCUGGGCAGCACACUGACAACACACCAACUGCACACCGUCCUUUAUGUGCACCGAGUUCUUGUGAAGCUGUUUGUGUUCAGAAACAUCUGGGGCCCGUUUCAAGGAGGAUGUUUUGUUGAAACUCUGAG